CCAGCCUAGUUACCGUCUUCUCCUCAUGCGAUAUUGUACCCCCAUCGUUAAUUGGCUCGACCUCGUCAAGCGGCUGGCAUGGGUUAUUGGUGUAUCACUCCUGUUGGUCGCAUGGAUGACUGCCGAAGCCUUAGGUCUCUCUCCAUGGUUGCAAUACACUUUAUUGGCUUUAUUCAUCUUCCUGGUUGCUGUUCCUGUAUUAUUCGCUGCAUGGACGGUAUUAAGGUCUCUCCACUUUUCAGUUGUGCUCACUGCCAACGAGUGCAGUAAGGUGGCUGAUAUAAUCUACAAGAAGUCCACAAAAGAGGUGUUCGCGCCCUAUGUGGACGACUGUGCUGUAUGUCUAGAACGCUGGGAGAAAGGAGAAACUUUAGCGGAGCUUCCUUGUGGUCACAUGUAUCAUCGUUCUUGUGUCCGAGCGUGCAUCUCGGGUUCGAUCCCUUUGCUCUCCAAACAUUCCGACAGCCUCACUGAAGUAGUCAAAUCGGUCUGCUGUCCUUUGUGCAGACGUCCAAUGGUUGACAACGCUGAACGUAUUGUUAGAGCGAUAAAAGGAAGGAAGACUCUUGUUGCGUAGAAGCCUCCAACUAGUUGUUGUGUGCAUUGUUUGUGCACACUGUACACUGUACAACACUCCCAACGUUUAAAUGAGAUGUUCCCGACUACCGCGCUUAUCAGGACCAUUUUCGUCAUUCUCCUUGGCCCGUCUCGCAUAUUUGGGCACAUUAAUAACCCAUUGGGUAACGCUCUAUGUUGGGAGAAGCCCGACACCUUCUUUCUCUUAGUCCAUCAUUCUGUUACUUUCCCUGUACUCAUUCGUUCCACCCAUCGGUUUCUAAGUUGCCCAGCGGUAGGAUUACCAC